AUGGUACUUCUGAAGCAGCCGAAUGCGGCACGAAAGCGCGCAAUACAAAAGAUGGAUGAAGAGAACGGCGCGCCACCACCGUACAGCUCACAAGCGCCUGCAGCAGCUGAAGUAACUGCUAUCGGCGAUCUUGACUGGGACGAGGGAAACUUAGAAAUUCCGACGGCGGCGCAGUGUAUUGCGCAUUUGAAACUGUUGCAUGCUUUUGCAAAGUUGAGGAGGGAUGUCGGGAAUUCUGAGGGCUUAUAUGGUAUCGAGUUGGAACGAGUUCGAGACGUAGGGGAUCCUGGCGAUGAGGUUGCGCAAGAACAGGACGUAGGGCCUUUGGCGGAGCGCUUACGAGAUAAGAGAUGGACCAUCUUCCUUACGAAGGCUGUUGACCGCUUCGAAAAGUGGUGGGAAUCUUUGCCGUUCGACUGUGACCUUUUCAGUUCUGCGCUCCAGACGACGCAGUUCAAUUCCUCGAGGCCGCAGGACACCAAUUCGAUAAUUAAAUGGCCAGAGGUAGGAGACGGUAUGGAUGAGUAUUUGCACAAAGUAUUGCCUCCACUGGACAUCUUAAUGGUCUGGCAUACGUACAUGCUGAAUCCGAGGGCGUACCUAGAGGACUGCAUGCGCAUGGGGAAACAUCCUCAGUGGAGGAGUAGCUUCCCAUGGCAGCUGAUAUGCGGAAUUAUCGGCGACUCAUUCGAAUACGAUGCCCCUAGACCAGCCAAAGAGACCUUUGCGAGGCUUAACCCGCAUGCUCCAUGGGAGUGGCAGCAUGAUAUAGGGCACAAGUCCAUCACCUGUCCGAAAUGCUGCAAAGAGCUCUCGGUUCCGUACACACGUCCUCCCACAAGCAACGCCUCGGAAACUAUACGAGUGUACCUUGCAGAGGACUUUGGAUACGCAAGCUCAAGUUUUCAAGAACUUUGUCCGCGAUGUAAUCUGAUAAUCACUCACGAGAAGCUCCGCGUUGGAAAAUUCAUCAAUGAUGCCACCAAGCUCCGCGAACACAAGACUCCACUCCCUGGUACCAUCCUUUCUGCCAGAGGCGUUCCUGAGCUCACGUCAAAUGGAAAAAGAAUCGGAACGCACGAUCCUUUCUUUCCCAAUCGCGUUGUCGAGAGGCUUCACAGAUUUGAACCCGAAACGUUUCGCAACGAUAUGGAGCAGCUCACCGUGGAGUCGAUCAAGCGUGGAUUCAGGAGAUUGAUGGCAAAUAAAUCUGAUAUCCGCUUGAUAAAUUCUAACCAACACAGACCGUUGCACAUAGCCCGAGACAGCAAAAUCGCUGUGCGCAAGAUGCUGAGCCACUACUGGGAUAACUCGAGUCCCUUCGGGCUCGACUUGGUCGGGGCUGUCGUCCGACAAGCAAGCUUCAUCCAGAAAAUGGUGAAGAUAGACUGGCUCCACAGCCCUUCGCUUAUGACAACCAUGCAACGCUCCAUCGUCAAGUAUCACCGCUUUACACGAAUUAUCGCAGAACACAACAACACGGCAGUUCCCACAUUAGACGUAGAUCUCGCGUGGCACACUCACCAGCUCACGCCCAAGGUAUACUACAAAUACACCAUCAGCGAGACGACGAGGUUCAUCAACCACGACGACAAGAUCCCAGGUAAGAAUCUUAACACAGCCUUUAUCCGAACUUCGCAGCUCUACGAGAAGAAGUACGGCACGCCGUACGCCGAGUGCGCAUGUUGGUACUGCGAAUCCACACGCGAGCCUCUCCGUUCCUCUUUCACCAACCGCGUCUUCGGCUUCCCUACAGACAUCAAACGCAUAGCCGACCUGGAUCUCUGCAAAGACGUAGCCUCCGGUCCGCACAUCAGCACGCACAACGCUUUGAUCCCAACGUCUGCGAAACAACGCCGUGCCGAGCUCGAGAAGCUUGAUAGAGAGUACGCGGCGGUGCGCAGAAGGUAUGAGAAGAAGAAGCAGAGUCCUCCGGAGAAAGAACAGGAUACUGUUCUCUAUGGCCCGUAUGGAUAUCCGGUCGUUUAUCCUGCGUAUGUGCCGUACUAUGCUGAGUCGGCGUGCGAGUACUCGGCCAGUGGGCAAAUUAGCGGUGGCGGUUGUGUCGCUGGGACAUGCUGUCCUGGGGCGAGCGUGGGGAACUGUGCGGGUGAAGGGAGGGGAAACGGGACGCCUGCCUGUCAGGCUAGCUGUCUUGGAGGGGGAGUUGGUGAGCGCAGUGGUGGUGGGGAGGCGGUGGUGGAUGCGGAGGAGGCUGUGGUGGUGGAGGAGGGGUUGACAUAUCUAUCGCUACUGAUCAUUCAUUCUCCUUAG